AGAUGCACAUUUUUUUAACACUAUACAGUUUUCACCAUACAGUUUUUAGGCAUAAAGGCUAUGAAAAGGUGUAGGCCUAAAUCAAAGCACUUUUCUUUCAUAGAGACAUCUACACUGUUAUUUUGGAGUGUUAUUACUGCGGCUGCAACAGCAGUUAAUCUUUGACCAAGCUGGUGACCAGCCGGUAAAGAUGAGUCUACCAGAGCUCAUCAACUUCAUAAUCUGGGAACCUGUGCACUCACUCCCUCAUGUGACAGUCACACUGCCAGAGACAAAGGUCACCCCGUAGUUCAUCCACUUCUGUCACAAGCAUUCAGGAUGCCAAAAACACCAGCCGUGUUUCUUCUCCUCGGUCUCUGUCUGUUCGGGGCAGCUGACGCCCUGUACAAGCAGUGGAUACCCGACACUAACUAUGAAAACAAGACCAACUGGGACAAAGGGUCCGUGCCCUGCGGUAACGACAUAGUGCAGUUCUCGGCUCAGAGGAAAGUGUCUGUGUAUGUGGAGACGGUCCACUCUGUCCAGGAGAUCCGGCUACCGGUGGACGGAGAGUUCAUCCUUCCCUCGGGGGGCGGCUUCACGGUCAGUAAUGGAGGGGACCCCGGUUGCGGGGCCGGCGUCACCGCCCAGUUCAAAGAUGCAGAGUCUCUGCAGUGGUUCGACCCGGCGCUGUGGCAGGCGGCAGAGUCUUCAGACGAUCUGGAGAAAGGUCGCUUCCUGUUCUCGGUACACGAGGAGAGCGUACCCUGCCAGUACGACAACGUGGUGUUCCGCGCUGGCUCCUCGUUCCGCGUGGACACUACCUCCAACCAGCCCAGCGUCCCUGUCCAGAGUGUGUCCGUUCUGGGGAAGAAGUUCAGCAGCAGCUCAGAGUUCACCCAUUAUCUGGGGUCACACUCUGGCCGGCUGCAGUUCCACGGAACCUCAUCCCCCAGCGUCGGGGCUUCUGGCUGCAGUGAUGCCUCUGGCUGUGACUGUGGGAACUCUGCGAAUCACAACAGGAUCUGCGGCACUGUGACAUGCGCUCCUAUGAGCUGUAAGAAGCCACUGUACCCCAUAGGACACUGCUGUGACAUGUGCAGUGCCAUCGUCACCAUCCAGUAUUCCUCAGGCUUCAUCCUUGAGUCUUAUCGGAUUCGACUGCAGCACCUCUUCCUUGGUCUGCCCUCGUACCAGUCCAUUCAGCUAGGCAUGUCCAAGGUGCUCAAAUCUCAGUAUUUCCUCGGGGUGAUCCCACGUGCGGCUGCAGCUGAGAUCCAGAUCGUGCUCCUGGAUGGGGGGUCUGGUGCGGUGGCAGAGGCCCUGGCUCGGGACAUAUUGAAGGAUGUCCAAUCCCAAGGCUCAAACCUGGGCAUAACCGGGGCUGAGUUCCAGGCCUCUUCUGGGGCCACCAGUGGUGACGGGGCAGGGGACAACGCAGGAGUUGUGGUGGGAGCCGUGUUCGGCAUCCUGAUAGUAGUCGUUGGUCUCCCCCUCCUGGCUGUCCUCUUCCGCAGAGGCGUCAUAAAAAUGCCAAGCAUGCCCACCAUCUCCAUCCCUUCUCUGAGCAGCUUAAGGAGAAGCCAGGAGGAGAUCGGGGACUUCACGGACCACGGCUUUGAAAACCCCAUCUUCGACAAGCCCACCAUGAUGCCCGAAGUACCAGGUAUCUAUGGGACUGAAGCCGCCAACUCUAUCUCCCUGACGCCGUCAGGUGUGCAUUUUGUUAACCCUGCGUAUGAUGAGAACGAGACCUCAAUCGAUUUCUCUGCCUGAGACUGUGUGUCAUGGUAUCUGUAAAUAUUUUGUGCACAUUCUUAUGAGAAUCAUUUCUUCUUACGUGUUGUAAUGUAUCUAAAAUGUAAACAUAAUAUGUUUCAUGCUUCAUUUCAUAUUAAUUAUUAGGUAUUUUAAAAAGUCAAGCAAUUCAUAUUUGUAAAUCAAUUCUAAAAAGAUUUGGCAAAAGCUUUGUCACAUUGUUAAUAUGAUUUACAUUGGAUUGACCAUUGACACAACAAUGAAAGACAGCCCUUGAACUCAUCUUGGUAGUUAGUACUCAGCACAAUGUCAAAUAAACAUAGUAUGUUUUUGCAUAUGAAAGACCAAUCACAGUAGGUAGCAAGUCAGUCACUUGCUAACCUGUUCCAAUAAAAAGAGCGGUUAAAAAGUUA